GUUUGCGUCAUCUCUAAUAUCGUUUUUGUUUCUUGGAUUGCUUGUUGCUCUUAAGAUCAUGUCCCAGGGAAGAGUCAGUGCAAACCUGGCAGUGGCAGCGACCGUGGUCAUGCUGCUCUGCCUCAUUGCCGGGGCCAAGUAUGCCGAAGCCGCCACCUAUAUGGUUGGCGAUGCUAAUGGCUGGUCUGCCAAUGUCGCCAACUGGCCAAAGGGCAAGAGCUUCGUGGCCGGGGAUGUGCUAGUGUUCAAGUAUAAUCCUACAUUUCACAACGUGGCCGUGGUGGACCAGGCAGGCUACACGAGCUGCAGCGUCCCAUCAGAUGCGAAGCUGUUCAACUCGGGGAACGACAGUAUUCCCCUCUCCAAGGGGCAGAACUUCUUCAUCUGCGCCAAGCCCGGCCACUGUGCCCGCCUGGGCAUGAAGAUUGCUAUUAAUGCUGCUUAAAUGAU